ACGUACUGUUUAUCAGUUUACGAGAAACUGGACCAUGGCUUAUUUCAGGAACAUAGAUAUCAUCAAUGUCACUGCCUUGCCAAUGGUGCCAGUAGACGAGCACCUGACUGUCUCCCUCGCUGCGCGGAACACGAUGAAGAAUGCCGCAAGGAAGAAUCUGGAAGACAAUCCACCCUCCUGCCUUAUUGGUUCCAUCCACCAGGUGAACGAAACGAUUGGGGAGCUAGAUCUGAGUCCCAAUGCGUUGGCCAACAACCUGACAAGAGUCACAGAAAAACACAGCAUAUUUGCAGAGGCUCAGAAUCUAGGAAUGUCAGAUCUUUCAUCAAUAAAAGGAAAACAGCAGAUAAAAACCUGCUGGUGGAGCUGUACCAGCCCCCGUAUAAAUUUAACAGCGCUGUGCCGAACAGGCUUCCAAAUGGGGUGAACUUCUGUGACAUGGUGGGCAAUGUGGUCCGGGCUGAGAGAAACCGCCUUAGUGGCAAGUCUUUCUGUUCCGAUAGAGAAUUAGAGAAGUUUCUCUCUUCUCCUUCUCCAAGAGCCAUAUGGCUGGAUAGCUUCUGGUGGAUCUUUCACGAGAGGUACCAGCCAAACAAGGAGAUCCAGAAUGAGCUGUUUGAUCGGAUAUCCCAGCACUACGCGUCUCUCUUGUUGCAUGAAUCCAAAUCCCACUAUGAAGAGGCUCUCUUAAAAAGGCUGCCAUCACUUCUGAGUAAAGCCCUGUACACCAGCUUCUGUUGCUGCUUCCCACAGUCCUGGUUCAACACGCACGAUUUCAAGUCGGACAUCUGCAACACAAUGAGCCUGUGGAUUUCGGGUAUAUAUCCUUGCCUACAGAGCUAUAACAGCUGGGACUACUCGGAACUAGAUCCAGAGAGAUUCCGGAGAGAAGAAUUAAUUUUGCAGAGAAAACGACUGUUAAAGAGAAGAGAGUUUCUUUUGUCCACUUCUAAGAGCUACCCCUUCCAGAAGUCUACCCAGAGCAAGGAAGCCCAGGGCCCGAAGUCUUCCUGUAUAAAUUCAACCACGGAGAAAGGUCCUAUGGCCAAGAAGAAAUCACGGGAUGGCUCACAAACACAGAAUGCCACAAAAGAGAAUCGCCGGCAGACUCUGGUCUUGAGGAAAGCUGCAAAGCAAGUCAAGAGGAUAUCAGAAGCAAGAGAAUAUGAGAAUAUGCUUCCCAAGCAGUCUUACCCAGCCUGCAAAAGCCCCGAGCUGACUUUGAACUUCUUCAACAUUUACGGGAAGAGCCCUUUGAUUGUGCACUUCCUCCAGAACCACGCCAGUCUGCAGCAGCACGGCAAAGACGUGUUGAUAGUCAGAAGGGAAAAAACCAAGAGCAUCCCUGAGUCCAUCCUGACGUACGCCGAGGUCAUCGAACUGACCCUGAUCAACAUGAAGAAGCGGAAGGAAAACCUUCGCGAGCUGAACUGGCUCCACUGGAAUGAAUGGAGUUAUUUUCAUGAAUACCUAAAGGCACUACAAGAAAACUUCCUCAGGGAGGUGAAGAAUAUCGAUCAAAGAGCAUUGGAUCAAAAGAAGGCAAAUCGCAUGUUCAUCCAACCUUCAACCUUCAUUGAAGAGUCCCCCGACAAGAAAUUUAGAGGAAGCCAUGAGAGGGAGAUGGCGUUUAUUUCAAGGAAGGACACCAAGGAGUCAAAACCAACUCAGAAAAAGGAAGUGCGUUUCCAUAACCCCUCACCUUCUAACACACCUGGAUGAAUCCUUAUCCAAGAAUUGGGAGAACUUUUGGCUGAAGCCUGCCCAUGUUGUUGGGUUUCAUCUAAAACAGAAACAACAACAAAAAAAUAACACUGCAACACAUUUAAUCAUUCCCAGUCCAUGGGACAAAGAAUAUUAAAGUUCACUUCUCUCUGGA